GACGCGGGGUCUAGAAACCAGUUCCAAACCUGCCACUCGCGCGCCUAGGCGGAGCCAGAACUGGCUGCCAGUGGCCGGACUCAGGGCGGAAGCGGCAGCGGCGGCGGCGGCGACAGCUAGGCGCGGGCUCCCGGGAGAAACCUGCCAACUGCCCCCCCGCGGCAGGGAUCAAGGCAGGACGCACACCGCACGUCCCCAGGCCGGCCCGGUCGCCUCCUCCGCGGACCCCAGGCUCUACCCUGUCCCGAACGCGGGACCACCCCUGCCCUACGGAAAGAAAGGCGAGGAUCUAGGGGGCGCCGAGACAGAGGGUCUGGCGGCCACAGGAACUACUCAAGCACCGGGCUCCGGCCCGGGAACUGCUGGAACAUGUUCCGGGAGCUGCAGUUUAUUUGACAGUUGCCGGACUAUGUUUACACUCCUGGUGCUACUCAGCCAACUGCCUGUAAUUACCUUCGCGUUUCCUCAUCUCACAAGUCCAGAGGAGUCUAGGCAUGCGGGAGAAGAAGUCUUUAUAUCAAAAGAAGAAGCGAACUGGUUCAUACGUAGACACCUCCUAUAUAAUAGAUUUGAUUUGGAGCUCUUCACUCCUGGUGACCUAGAGAGAGAGUGCAGAGAAGAACUUUGUAAUUAUGAGGAAGCCAGAGAGAUUUUUGUGGAUGAAGAUAAAACGAUGACAUUUUGGCAAGACUACUCCAUUAAAGGACCAAUCACAAUAACAGAUGGUAACAGAGAGAAAAUCGAUGUUAUGGGCCUUCUGACUGGACUAAUUGCUGCUGGAGUAUUUUUGGUCAUUUUUGGAUUACUUGGCUACUAUCUUUGCAUCACUAAGUGUAACAGACAAGGACAUCCAGGUUCUUCAGCCACCCACAUAAGAAGGGGCAGACACACUCCCUCCAUCAUUUUCAGAAGACCAGAGGAGGCUGUCUUGUCACCAUCGCCACCUUCAGUGGAGGACACAGGGCUACCUUCUUAUGAACAGGCAGUGGCACUGACCAGAAAACACAGCGUUUCACCGCCACCACCAUAUCCUGGGCCAGCAAAAGGGUUUGGGGUAUUUAAAAAAUCUAUGUCACUCCCAUCUCACUAAGCCCACGUUCUUGUCUUGGUGAUAGAGGACAUUUACAUUAUUUAAAUGGUUCAUUUUCCCUGGACCAAAAAAAAAACAUGUCACUUCAGCCCUUUAUGACAAACUGUAGAGAGUAAUUAGGAUGUGUACUAUACCACUGAAGUUCUGUCAUCCUCUUAGACCUGAACUUGAUCAUUAUCAGCUAGCUAGGGUUUCCUUGCAGUUAAAAAGAGAGCACUUUUUGUUCAUUUUAAUGGUUCAAAAAAAAUCUGUGUUAUGGAUGUCACAGGUAGAACUGGUGAACCAUCUCUUUCCUUUGUACAGAAGAAAGUUGUAUAUUUCUUGUGUUGAAUGUAAAAAAUAAGAAUUUCAAAUUAUUAGAUUAUCUCAAGUCAAUAUUGGACCCACUCUUUUUCAGUAUUUCUUUUUGGUUGGAAACACUUCACAGAAUCUGAUGUUUAAAUAUUAAUUGGGGACUUUAAUAUAAUCAGUUGGUUUUAUAUUUUAAAUUAUUGCAUAGCAUUCACCACAUUUUAUGCAUUUAGUUAUGAACUCUCGCUAUCAGUCAUGUUUUAUUAUGGGGAGGAAGGCCAAUAGUUUUCUUUAAAAAAAAAAAAUGAAGCACUUGCUAAGGAGUCAGUUUUUCAGAGGGUACAGGGUUUUAGUGGCAAGGAUUUUCAAGAGUGGUUAUACUAUCAAAUAAAUUUAGAGGCCUCAAAUCUAGGAGUGACUGGAACUUGAUAAAGUUGUGUGUAUUACUGACAAGUUCCAUGCAUAAAAAGUUGUGUGUUACUGAUGAGUAAGUAACACACAUAACUCAUUUUCACUGCUAAGUUAUCUGUAUAUAACUAUAUAUAAUUAGUAAUCUGGAAAAUUUGUUGAACUUUAUAAAUAAUAGUUUGAGAACAUAGUAAAAGUAACUUACUUUUGUACUAUCAAAAUUACACUGACUAAAGUUACCAGCAACACCUUGUAUCUCUUAAUGUCUAUAUUUUGUAUUUUCAUCUAAUCGUAUAUACGACCAGUCUCUCUUUAAGAAUGUAGUAGAAUAUAAGCUAUAAACCUCUGGAAUGAAUGUAUUGCACACAUUUAUCUGAGUGGGUGUGUAUGUAUGUGUGUAUUUGUUUCCUCUUUGCAGGAGCUCAAAAAAUAGCAUACUCUUAAGGAAUAGAAAAUUUUGUUCUUCAUGGUUUUGCCAGGCAGAGCUUUUUUCUAUUAUUUAAGACCAUUUAUAAAAUUGUGAUUUGUUUUAUAAUUUUUACAGAGGUGAGAUUAAAACCCACAUGCAUUGAUAAUUCCUUCCAAAUCAAAUGUUUAAAAGUGUAAAUGAUAUUAUACUGUGUGUUUGAGUAUAUCUCUCAAGACAGCCUGAUCUUAAGGUAUAUAAAAGAAAGAUCUUAAUCAUUAUAGACUGCUAAAGAUUUCACCUUUUCUAUUUUCAGAGUCUCUUUGGUUACUUGUGACAAAAGAAAUCAUUGGCAAUCUUUAGACAUAAUUAGGAAAAGUGGUCUUUUUAAAGCUACCCACUUUGCCUAUAAAAAUGUUUACUGUUAGUCAUAACUUGGCUUUAUUUAUUUUUUAUUUUUUUGUCUUUUUGCCUUUUCUAGGGCCGCUCCCGAGGCACAUGGAGGUUCCCAGGCUAGGGGUCUAAUCGGAGCUGUAGCCACCGGCCUACGCCAGAGCCACAACAACUUGGGAUCCAAGCUGCUUCUGCAACCUACACCACAGCUCACGGCAACACUGGAUUCUUAACCCACUGAGCAAGGCCAGGGAUCAAGCCCGCCACCUCAUGGUUACUAGUCAGAUUCAUUAACCACUGCGCCAUGAUAGGAACUCCAUACCUUGGCUUUAUGUGAGCACUUUUUCCCAUGUAACUUUGUGCUUUGCACUUUGCCCUAUUUUAAUCCUUUUUUAAAGUUUGGUGGCAAACUCUACUCACUUUAGCAAUCAGACUAAAGCAUAGAAGGAUAACUUGCCUAAAACCUAACACACUGGUGAGAGCUAGCAUUAGCAUGAGCAAGCACACUUUUCUAGGCCCAUCUCAUACCUAUAGAAUUACACUGUCUCAAAUAAAAUUAUAAAACACAAACAAUUCUAAGUCUGUAUGAGAACUGUGUAACCUUUGUCAUUUAUAAAAAAUGUAUUGUAGUUUCAUUGUGGCUCGGUAGGUUAAGGAUCCAGCAUUGCCAUUGCAACAGCUCAGGCCACUGCUGUGGUGUGGAUUCGAUCCCAGCCCCAGGAACUUCCACAUACCUUGGGUGCUGCCAAAAAAAAAAAAUGUAUCUAGUUGCAUAUGUUACAUACCUGUAUAUUUAUUCUCACAAACAUAGAUAUUUCUUAGGAUGAAUAAAAAAUAAGAUGUGAUAUUAUCUUUUAUUGAAUCACAAUUUGCAAUAUUCCUUAAACCUGUUUACUCCCAAUGAUUCACAAGAAUCUAACUGCAAAGCUAGCAUCAGAGCCUGUGACAAUCCCUGUCGCCUCAGCAGCAGCUUAGAUAUGCCAUAUGCCAUCAUUUAGUAUAAAACUGUUGCUCCAACUUAAACAAAUAUAGAAUUCAUCAUUACAAUUAUGGUAUCACUUGGGAGUUCCCUGGUGGUCUAAUGGCUAGGAUUUGGCACUGUCACUGCUGCAGCCUAGUUUCAGUCCCUGGUCUGGGAACUGAGAUCCUACAUCAAGCCACUGCAUGCCAUGCCAAAAAAAACAAAAUUACAAAAUCACUGGUAUUUGUUGAGCUCCAAUGUCAAGCUCAUAAUACUUUAAACAUAAAAAAGAAUAUGUGAUAGAAGCAUAAUAAUCAAUUGCUUAUAACAAUUUAAAGGAAAAUAUCUCAAUGUAAAAUUAUUAACAUGUAUUGCUGGCUCAUUCACACUUUUCUAUUCCUGUUGUACUUUUGGUGGUGGGUGUUUUGGUUUGAUUGAUUUGUUUUGCUUGUGCUUCUCCUCUGGGUAAUUAAUUAGUGUUAACUAUUAAAUCUAUUUUGACAUAGAAUUUUAUAUUUAAUUAGAUCAGUUUCCUCUCUAUUACAAUCAGGAAAUGAAUGUCAUAUGGGUAUGAAAAGGGAACAAGUCUAGAAAAAGACAAACACAUUUAUAGAGUUAUGCCUUCAGUAGUGUAGACAAUUCUACACAGAAUAUUCUCUUUUCAAGUGGGAAAAUAAAAAGAAAAAAAAAAGAAUAUUCUCUUUUCAAAAUGGAAAAAAGUCAAAGGACACAAACUAUGACUGUGUCAGAGUUUUUCAUCUGUUAAUAUUGCGCCCACUGCAUGAAUACACAGAGAUCUGUAAAAAUUCUCAGAGCAAUUAAAAACUAAAGUAACAGUGUCUUCUGUGUCUGGUUUCCUGUAUGCCUGUAAAAUUCUAAUUAUUUUUUCCUGUUGCUCAGAUAAUUUGUGUGUGUGUGUGUGUGUGUACUUUUUCUAUAUGUAUAAGAGAAUGUUUUACUAAAAAAAAAGUUUGUUAGUGCUGUUUAAAAGCUUAAUUUUGUAUUCAUAUUGUUUUUUUCUAAUAUAAUGUGAAAUAAACUUGUAUUAGUUACUAGUUUGAUUUAAAAUGUUGUAUAUAGCAUUUAUACUACUAGAAGAGUGUCUGGAAUUUCUAUAAUUAAAAAAAAAAAAAAGAUUCUGGGAGUUCCCACUGUGGCUCAGAGGUUACGAACCCAACCAGUGUCCUUGAGGAUGCAGGUUCAAUCCCUGGCCUCGCUCAGUGGGUUAAGGAUCUGUCAUUGCUGUGAGCUGUAGUAUAGACAGCAGAUACUGCUUGGAUCCUGCACUGCUGCAGCUGUGGUGUAGGCCGUCAGCUGUAGCCCCAAUUCAACCCUAGCCUGGGAACUUCCAUAGGCCGCAGGUGCAGCCCUAAAAAGCAAAAAAACAAAACUAGAUUCUUUUGUAGAUCCUGCCUGUAUCAGAUUCUGGAACAUGUUAUGACAUAUAUUAAUGCCUUUAAUCUUCUGUAUUGUGUGUUUCUGUAAACAUUUUUUUGUUGUUAUUUAAAAACAUAUCCCUAAUAGAUCAAGAGUUUAAAGCAAUUCAGUACAAAUAUACUAGCAUUUUCAUUAUCUGGAAAAAGCAACCCGUUUCUGAAUGCUUAUUUUUCCUGUAGUCUUGAUUAUGUUUUGGUUUUAAUAUAUUUCCUAUUACAGACACUUUUUAUACAUGUGAAUAAACUUUCUACUAAGUAAA